GUUCGUCAUUCGCGUCCAUCUAACAAAUCAUCGACUAUUUUCAAGAAUAAUGGCAUUGCAGGCGUUCUCAGCCCAACUAGAUCUCAUCCUUAGUGAGUCUGAAGCCAAGUCUUCAAUACCUGUAGGAGAUUCAGACAGUUUCUUUUGUAUAUUCCAAACACCUGCUCCAAAAAAGCGCAUGCUUAGCCCCACGGUUUCAUGGGCAAAGUACCUUGGUGAUCCAGAGAACGCACGAUAUAUCACGGUUCUUGCAGCAGAGUUCCUGAAAGCCUGCAAAUCAUUAGAUAAUGUGGCCGAGCCUCUGAACUUCCUGUUCACGAGUUAUCACGGCUCAUUGCAGUUUCCUGCCAAAGCGUCUCUUUUACUCGCUUUAAUUUACAACAUAUUUCACCCAAAAUCUAAUCUGCCAAUUUAUGACCGGAUCAAAUCACCCAUAUUACUAAGUCGAUCUUUUGUACAGUUAACACAGUACUUGGAUGUCACUAAUCAUCUGCAGUGGAUUGGGACUAUGUCCCUAAUUCUUCAAUGUCUCCAGCAACCUGACUGCGCGACUUUACCAACAGAGACAGCAGUGGGAACCAUGACCUCGAUCUUGAAAAAGCUCAAUCUGUUGCCAUUAUCUUGCAAUAUGGAGCAGCGUGAAUGUGCUUCAAUAGGCUUGGAUGUUAUUCGAGCGUUUCUAGAAACCCCAAGCGCCACCAAAACUGCGCACGCAACCUACUAUGAUCUGAUGAAAGAGAUUCCACAAGUAUUUCCUGCUGGUGUUGUUAUCCAUUGGACUCUAGAAGGCUUUAUUAAUUACCUCCAGAGGCGACGGCAGGGCAUAGCGCAUUUGGUUAUGCCGCCAGAUGCUGCGUGGCCGCUGAUCUCACAAGUCAGCCGACAGCAUGAGUUCACUAGUCUCUCACUGCGGCAGACCCAUUCGUUAUUCAUAUCGGAUUAUACGAGCGGAAUACAAGAUGGACAAAUCCAAACCUACGUUAGCUUGUUUAAUGACCUCUUCUUUCAGAGGGCUCCAAUGGAUGAAAUUGCCUUGAUGAUUCGCCAAUUACAACCAACGCCCAUAAAUAUUUCUGUACUAAGGGAGUCUUUAGUAGCCAAAACCAGGGAUGUUGUUCGCAUUAUCCAACGUCACAGUCGCUUUCAUGAUUACCGGCCCGUGGAUAUGUCCAUACCUGUCGGGACAAAUCCGGAUAUGGUGAUUCCUGAGAACUUGGAUUUCAUGGAGCUGUUGAUCGAGCUAUCGGAUCAACUCUAUGCUUUUGUGGGCUCAGAGCUUUCGCAUAUAUCUUCUAUUUAUCCAACAGGAUAUGCUAUCCUUUAUGAGGACUUAAUUGCAGACUUUUAUGGAUUAAUUACGGGGACUGAGCGUACACCACCUGAGAUCGAGAAAGACAAUACAUUGAUUUUCUUACUCUUACAACUGAUCCACAUCGAAAAAAUUGGGGGCAAGGAUAAACUGUUGUCUCAAGAUUAUGCUGGUGACGAACAUCUUUUCAGACUUUUAAUCGCAUUGUAUAACGAAGAGCAGGUUAAUUCUAAGGAUGGCUUCUAUCUACGUGAUCUCGCUCUGCAGUGCGCCAUCAGCCACCAGCAGAGCUAUAUCCGUGAUCGGUCUAUGAUGAAGUUCCGCCAUCCAAAGCUGGCAGUAAUUUGGCCAUACUACUCUCAAAUUUGCUAUAACGUCCAAUCCUAUUUCAUAUCAACGUAUAAAAACAAUGUCCAUGACGCGACAUGCCUCUCCAACCUCCCCAUACAAGAGAUAGUCAAGGUCGCAAUGGAGUCUCAACUUAGGUUGAAUAUUGUUGCCGGAACCUUGUUCCUUUAUCUCGUUCCCAAUCAUCAGAACAGGGAGCUGGAUACAUCAGGCAUGUUUUUGAAAGGAGGGACGUUAAACUACAAGUUGCUGGAUUUCCUUAAUAUCGAAACUAAGCACAGGUUGUUGGGGUUAAUCUACAAAACCAUGCUUGAUGGAGAUCAGGGGCCUCGAUUCCACGGUGGUCCCCCUGCUCAAAUCAAUUUCGUGUCGCCAUAUGUUAUGGAUGUUGUUUACAAGCUGUUAUCGAGCUCGCCGAUAUCUGUUGAGCCUAUCAUAAAGCUUUUAUUCGACAAGCUCAGGCGCCAUGAUAGGUUGCUCAUGACCACUAACGAUGUCCCUGCUGAGGUUAUUCGAUGGCAGUUCACUGUACUUCAAUUGCUCAACUUCCGAAUGAUUCGACCACUCAAGUUUACAGCAAUAUGUGCCAAUCUACUACAUUAUUUGAAAUUCGCGAUUUCCUCAACCAAGCACCGAGCGUUGCAUAACCUUGUUGAAGCAUGUAAUCAUAGCAUCCUAAGCAUCCAAACUAGUCCCAAAUUCCUACGAUCACUUGCUGACAAUAGGCGUGAGAAACCUUAUUGGUUCGAGGAAUCUGAGGCGCUAGCUCGGCGCGCAGUCAUGACCAUUGCGCGCAUCAUCAAGCUCAAGGGCCAAGGGGAUACGCCGCUUGGGAUUGUCACAGAUAUUCUCCAAAUCCUUCAUAAGCAUCCCAUCGCGUGGUCAGAGGAGAUUGUAGCUUUUUUCCCUGAUGUUAUUCGGGACUUUUACAAAACGCAAGAGCUAUCAGGAAUCGGGAAAGAGAUACCUGGAGCUGUUACAGAGAAGCAGGUUGCAACACUUCUUGAGGAAACAUCAGUGCACAAUGUUCUUUUGGUUCCCAAGGGUACAGAGCCGAACACAUAUCUGCUGAGCCAUUAUUCUGACAUGGCAAACCAUCCAUUCUUUUUGUGUGUAUUUUGGGAAAUCAUCGUCAUUAAUCCACAAAUAUCGGAGUCCAUGUUGGAUGAUAUUCGUGCGGUCAUGCUUCAGUUCCCACCAUCGCACAUGUCAACUUAUACACAACAAUUGGUUGAUUAUGCGCUAUGGAAGCUGGAUCCCAAAAACCCAAAUGCGUCAGGCUCAACCGAUUUUGUUGUCCGUGUUUUCGAAGAGCUAGUUUGGAAAUACCAACUGCUUUCUAUUGAACAUACACUACUGGCGCUCAUGACUGGCCAUCCAGCACGGUCUGUAGAUUUGGCGCUCAAAAUAUUGAUCCAAAUGACAGUCAACUCUUCGGAGUUGUCGAACCGUAUCGUGCACUGGACUUCAAUCGGGAUUAGCCCUCGCCCAUGGGAAGAGGAUGCAUAUUAUGAUAAAUUGCAAAGCUAUCUCUCACGGUAUCCAGAGUAUUUUGGUUUUGAGGCCCACGAAGUUAGGAGUGGCGUUCAUCCUAUUAAUCCACCACUAGAGUUGCCGCUAUUGGUCAGCUACAAUAAUGUGUUGUUGCGCUUACUCAAUGUUUUCGAUUUAAUCAUCGGCAGGUUUAUCGAAUAUCAGAUGACCGAUACUCUUGUUUCCUUUCUGGAAAAGUUUGGUUGUUUAUACCUUUAUCACAGUACUCCUAUGGGAUUUGUCCGUGACACCUUGCUCUAUUAUUACGAGUCUCCAACGAUGCGGGACCCUCGUGUGAUCAAAGCCCUAAUCAAGUUGCUAGACUUCAAGCAAGUGGAGUUGUCGCCCGUAUUGAUGGAUUAUAUUCAAGAGGUGAACCGUUCUGAAGAGCAGUUUGAUGAACAUUAUGUUCAUGAAAUUUGCCGCAAGUUAGCCAUCAGCAUAGAUCCGAAGGAAUGUGGCUAUAAGAAUGACCCAGGCAUGCCAGAGCGUCAUUACCGCGAGAUAUCAAACCCAGCUGCACAGGGUCUAUUUAUUGCCAUCAUUGAGACUUUGGCAGCACCAAUCUCUAAAGAGUAUUUCAUGGAGCAGUUGCUUAAUUUGGUGGUAGGGAAACGCGGUUGUGUCUCAGCCAAUGUAACUAGCAUGAUAACGUCUGGGACAUUGGUACCAGCAGCAGCAACGGGGGGAGCUACAGAAUCUAGUGGCAACAAUCCGGCAUCAAGAACCAUACCAGAAGCAAGGGUGAUCCAUGCUGCAGGAUUAUUACUUUCAACUUUACCAUCAGGAUUCAUGGAUUUGUUUUUUUUUGAAGUGGAUGCAUUUACACGGUUGGACGAAACGCUUCUGGAAGCAUCUACAGUCUCUGCGAAGGAAUCCCCUCAAGCAUGGAGCAUAGGGGGAAGUCUAUAUGAAGGAUACAUGGCCACUGGAGACCUUGGAAGAACUGAGACAGAGACAACAAACAAUGCAGCCCCACCUUUUUCAAAUAAAGGGUUCAAGCGGACGACCACACAGAAUAUGUUGUUUAAAACCAUUUUUAGCAGCUAUACCAAUAAUCGCAACAAUUACCAGUCCAACAUGCCCAAUUCUUUCUUGACAUUUUUCCAUGCAGUAGCCCACUAUUCUUCUGCGGAUGUACUGGUGCGGAUAGUGAAAUGUAUUGAGAACUGGAGACAGGGAACGGAUUUGGAGCCCCCGACGGUAUCGACACUUUCCAACUACAAAGAUGUGUUGAUUCGAAAGGCCGCUGCUCCUGCUGAUGGGGGAGAGGAUAUAGUAGGAGCAAACGAAACAAAUCGAACUAUCUGUACAGAUGUGCAAUUGUUGUUCAUCUGUGCGUUGGUUGGCCCACUUUUGCAUCGAGUGGAGAAGGUGCAGAUCGAAGGAUCAACGAAUCAUUUCCUUGUGGUUUUGUUAGAAUUGAUAGCGACUGUUACUAAUUCGAUGAAGGUUGCAGCACGACCUGGACUUGCCACUCUUGAACAAGUGAUUGAUUUCAUAUAUCACGUAAGGGCGCAUAUACCAAAGGAUCCAGAAGUGAAUGCAGAAUUGGCGCUUGCACUGAAGAAGAUGCAUCCUUGGCUUCAGGCACGUUUGAGUAGAAUUUUAUAGGAUUGAUGCAUAGAAAACCCAAAGCUCAUGGAAGAAAAAAAUAU